CUUGAUGUAGUUGGAUCAUUUCCAAUUGUUCUUUGCAUGUUCAUCCCCUCUCCCGUCUUAACCAUCCCACCCUUAAACCACCUCCUACUUCUCCAGCCCCCCAUCCCACCUAGCCGUACCACUUUAAUCCAUAUCAUUAAUAUUUUAAAGCCAGAUGCUCGUGGUCAUUGGCCAGACUGCAGUGCACCAAUUUAAUAAGAAGCUGGCUAGAACUCUGAGAGCAGUCAUACUGUCUCCACCCUACGGAGGACCAUUGCAUCUGCUCAAGUGAGAAGCAAUACACAUAAGGCAGAAUCCCCCUCGACCUUUGCUACAUCCUAGACAGAAUGGAUGUCUUUAAGAAAGGUUUCUCCAUAGCUAAGGAAGGUGUGGUGGCUGCUGCCGAGAAAACCAAGCAGGGUGUGACUGAGGCGGCAGAAAAGACCAAAGAAGGGGUGAUGUAUGUAGGUGAGUAGAAGUGUUUAGGUGGAUUGAUAUUGCAUUGUGUGCAGGGCAUGCUAUCAAGGUUUCGCCUUCCUACACUAAACAUCUUCCUUGUCUGAUCCUGCCUAGACUUGCCUAGCCCAAAAUGUAUCAUGUGAAUUAAACUUCCUACAAGGAACGUAGAGACAAAAUGCUCACCUCGACUAAGGUGACUUGAAAAGGGUGUGAAUACCUCGAACUGACCCCUUAAAGAACAGAAAAAGAGAGGGGAUGUUAUUUUCUUAGCAUUGUGUUAAAAGAACAAACAAAAAAAAACCAACACAUUAAUUGUGGUAGAGUGCAGUUUUAAGCCCUUUACAAAGUUAAUAGUGCCCUGAAGAACAUUAGGCAAUGUUUCUAUCAAAGGGUGGCUAUGGGUGUGGCUUGCAUAAAUAAAGAAGAAUUAGAGGGUCUUCUUUCAUUGGGAUUAACUGGUUAAACUCUGAAUUGUGGUAAAUUGAAGUCUACAGAGCAGAGUUUAGGAUAAAGUUGCCAGAAUGGGAUUGGAGCUGAGUUGGGUAAUUGUAUGAGAUCAGCAAUGUUUAUCUCGAAUCUCAAUUCAGAAAUCAAGUCAAAUUGGACAUGAAUGAAAACCCUGAGUGCCAGCGGUAUGUGCUACGUUGGGUUAAAUACUCCGACGUAUUAGCUGCAGUGAUCUCUGUAAAUACGGUGCACUGCUUGUGGGAAAGUUAAUAAGAUACAUUUUAUGGGUGUCCGAUUUUUGGGUGGGAUUGAGUAUGUCCCUUUCAAAGAGUUCAGUCUCCCAGUUUAUCCUCCAGGUAGAUCACUGCAGUUGUACCCAAUGAGAACAAUUUCUACUCAACACAGGAAUACUUAAAGAUUUAUAGGAAUGAUCAAUCAAGACACUCGCAAUAAAUGGGUUUUAUAAUGAGCUCUCCGAGGUGCUGAUGUUAAAACCAUGCAUGUUAAAGGGGUCUUCACUAAGGGUUAAUUUUGAAAGUAAUUAAUGUGUAUAAAAAUGUAAAAGUCAAUACACAAAUCGUAAUUGUACUCAGUUAAUUGUUCAAUCUAUACACAUAUAUCUAGAAUUGUAUGGCAUUUUAAAAUGAAUUAUACAGACAGGGAUAUGUGUACAUAUAUAGACAUAUACAUUGCUUCACUUACGUUAUAUAUUCUUUAAAUCCUGAUUUAAAUCCUGUAUGAUCUCAAAAUGUAUAUUUGAAAAUAAUGACUGUAAACCAGGUACUGCUGUGACAAAAUACAGGAAAAUCUAAAGUAUUUAUUUUACAUAAUAGUCUAACUUAUAACUCAAAUAGUCCCUCUCCCCUAAGUUACCACCUCUGCUUAAAGGCAGUUCCAGGCAAAAUCGGAAAGGUUAAUUAUAUGUGGAUUAUUACAGCAUUGCACAGCACAGUCAGAAAAAAAAAAAAAAGUAACACAUUCACUUCUGGAAAGAGUCAAACAAGACCACUCAUGUUGUGUAAUGUAUCCCCUACAACUCGGUGAUGUUCAUAAUAUAGAAAUAUGUAAAACAGGUACAUUUCAUAUAUGUCACAUGUAUGUAACAAGCAGGGAUUAUCAUCUUCAAGUAGUCUAGCUAAUGAAGAAUGUGUAUUUCACGAUGGGAUGCCAAGGUUUUACUUGUUUUUUUGCAAGACACCAACAUAUUCAGCGGCGCUGUACAAUGAGAUUAUUCCAAAAUCAGACUACCUGUAAAAUGACAGAAUUUUCCUAUAGUAUCUGUGUGCUGCAAGACUAGACAUUGCAAAAUGACUUGCAUUUUAUUCACACGGACAAUUCCUAGUGGACGUUCAGUAUAUUCAUUAAUAGGCAGAUUCUGUAUAAUAGGGAGUGUUGUUUCUAGCCUAUCAGAGACAGCCUGUUCUCAGCCAAUUUUUUGAUGCAGCUUUUUUAAGAUAAAUGACAACUUCCCCGCAUUGCUGAAAACACAGGCAGGUUUCUGUGUGUCAUUGGGUGCGGCCACCCAUAAAUAAUGGCUAAUGUGUUUAAAUCAGGGUGUGCCACACAGGCUGCAGUAGCAUUUUCUCCUUAUAAAUUCCAGAUAAAAUAUUCCACUUGGAGUAUUAGACAGACAACGCCAAAAUGCCCUCUAAAAUCAAUCACAGCGGAUCACACCUUUUUAUUGUUUAAUACUUAGCAGGCUUGGGAAAUUUUUAAAAAAUUUUUUUGCAAAUUGCUUCUUUUUGGAUUUUUUUAAAUUUUUGGGGAUCGGACGAUUUUUAUUUUUUUUAAAUGAGCAUUUCUUCUCAGUUAGAAUAAUUAUAAACCGAACUGCAUUAUAAUGGGAGAAAUUCAAAAUGAUUGGAAAAAAAGUGGCUGUAGUGUCCCAAAAAAAAAAGCUUUUUGCUCAUCACUGCCAGUCAUCAGUGUUGCCCUCACUUGUCAUGGCAUAGGUUUCUGGGAGUUGUAGUUCAGUGGUUAGAUUUCUACAGUAAAACACUGGCAAGUGAACUUCAACCCCAUAAACCCUGUCUGUUUCCAAAAAGUGUGCAAGCAGGCAGCUGGGUUGGUGAGAGCUCAUUGCAGAUGAUUUGCAGCAAAUUCAGUAAUUUUUUUUCUUUACUGUAUUCUGUUGUGAUGUUUUUUAUUUGCAUACUAUAUAAGGAAAAUAAUGGGUCAUUGUUAACCCAGAGUAUCCCUUUAAUAAUGUGAGAACGGGCCUUAGUACCGUAUAUGUGCACGGUUUGUUUUCAAUCACAAAACAAAUGAAAAGGCUCGUUCGUUGUCCUGUUUGUUUGUUUGUUUUGUGAUUUUUCAAAUCUGGCAUUUCCGAGUUUUAUUUGAAACUGAAGGCACAGCUCUAGCAUUCAGCAAUAUCAUUAAACAUCUAAUUUAAAGUGACCUAGUUUUAGAAAAAGCAAAACAAAAUGGCAGAUAAUAGGAUGAGUUGUUAAUUGAUGGUGAUUUAAACAUUUAGGUGUGGAUGUCCACAAAAUGUUUUUAUUAGUUCACGUUGGGCACCUUCCAAAUGGAGCGAAUAGAUCAUCAUAAUUAGGCAGGGUUCAACCCAAACCCAAGCCUUUCAUUUAUUCCAGGAAUCCUGCUCCCCUGGUUCACACAGAUAUAAUACAGAUAAUAAUUACCUAUCCAGACUGCUGCUUAGAUUCCUAAACACUGAAUUCUAGUUAAUUGACACAUAUACAGAGUUAUUCACUAAAUUGAUGGGAAUUCAAAGUUUCAAAUUUAAGGCCAGAAUAGUCAAUUUGGAAAAUUAAAGUCAACUAUGCAUCCAAUUUUGCUACCUUGGUCUAAAACGUGAACUUUCCUUUCAAUGUAAUUUGAAUUAAUGACAAUUCUCACUUUAGUAAAAAACUGUGUUAGGCCUUUAAAGCUGAGCUGUGACUUAGUUUAGUUGGAGAUUUAUAAAAAAAAAUCAUAAAUGAGCCAUUUUAGGCUAAAUUUCGCAAUGUGGUUUUCAAUUCACUACAAUUAAGAGGGCUAUUCACUAACAUGAGACCUCAAGGUGAAUUCCAAAUUUAUUUUGGUUCAUUUUUAGAUCUUUGCCCUUAACACGGCAUAGCACAAGGUUAUAGAUGUAACUGUGAAUUGGCGUCAACUGACUCGGGAAAUUUAGGAUAAAAUGGCCGACAGCUAUGUUUCUGGUAAUUCCCUGGUGAACUCCCAACAAAGUAGGGCAUUGUAAAUAACCCUGUUUAUAUAGAUUUCACCAUAUGUGACAUCUAUUUUCCACCAUUUGCAUUUCAUCCCCUAAUCAAUAAGGUUCUCAAUAAGGCAUUAAGGUUUGUGACAGCGAUACUGAAUCAUAGAUUGUCAGGAUAAUGUACUGAAGUGAGAAUUUAAUUUCAAAAUGAAUUAAAAGUGAAUUUCAAAUCCAAUGUCAAAAUAAUCAAACUGGAAAAAUUCCCUAAGUCAGAUAUAUUUUAAUUUCGGCUACUCUGGCCUUGAAUUUAAAGUUCACUUCGGAAUCUCAGUUAAGCGGAUAACCCUGGCUGUCAUUAGCACGACUCUCCGAUGUCUUCUGUGAGAUUGUAAGACUGGAAUCCAGCGCCCCAUGGUGCUGGGUAUCUCCGGUUAAAAGCCUGAUGCCCUAAGUGAGUGAUGUCUAACAGCAUGCCCUAUGGCUACCUCCAUUACUCACUGCUCCCCCAGAGACUGGCCAAGGAAGAUAUGUUGAUGGAAGAAUUGCAGUCUGAUAACAGCGCCCCCAUAAACACUGGUUUAGAAGUCCGUAGUAGACAGAAAUAAUAAGGUGAUGUUAUUAAAGGUAUACCUUACAAAUGUCAUAACUUAUUUUCCUUUUUUUCCUGUACUGUGUGAAUCAAAUGUCUCAAUAAAGGGAAAAUUGACAAAAAAAAGUGCUCUUUCUGCCCAAAACCAAAUUUUUUUAAAAAAUCACUGUUUAGUAGAUAUACACCCAAUGAAAACAAGCAGCCAUUUAAUGAUUUUUUUCAUCAUUAAAUCACUAAAACCAGUUUGCAAAAGCUGCAGAUCUCUUGUCUGCUGCCUUUACAGGCCUUCCCCUUUAAACCCCGCCCAACUUUCUGUGGCUGUCCAAUCACAGACUUCCCACUGCAACUCAGUGAGAAGUCUCUGUAAGGCAGGUGCUCUGGGCAAUCUACCAGGAAGUAAGAGGACCGGUUGUCUGAUUGACAACAAGGUUAAUUUAAAAAAAGUGCCAAUUUCUAUUGAAAUCUGAAGUUUUUCUAAAAUGAAAAAAAGAGGAAAAACUCUUCAUACGCACAGCAUGCUAAAGUGCUUUAAUGCAACAUUUUUCUGUAUGCGUAAGUGCUUUUAAAUAAAUCAAUAUGACUUUUUCUGAAUAGAUGAGGUUUAUAUUCAGCCUAAAUAGGAUAAUUCACUAUUACUGCAUCUAAAAACCCUCAAAAAGGUGGUUAGGGCCUGAAAGCCAUGCUGGCUGAUCACAUGAAUCUGUAGUUCCAAGUACCGUGCUUUAAUUCUGCAUUUAGGAGCAAUGCACAGAUAAAACACCUUAAAUAGAGGAUGAGUCACACAGGAGCUAUCCUUGGGAGUGCUUUGACCCUAAAUAUUCCAUAACUGAUACUGUGCAAUUUUGAUACUAGCUUGAAACAAUUAGUUGCUGGGCAGGAGAGGUGACACACACAUUUACUGACAGGCACACACUCACUGACAGACACACAUACACACUCACAAAACACACACUCACCAAAAGACACCAAACAGACUCACUAACAGACCCACACAAACUAACAUACUCAGUAAUACACACAGUAACACACUCACUUACACACACAAACUAACAUACACACUAACACAAAAACUAACCCUAACACACACUCUAACACACACACACACUUUAAAAACAAAUGUAACCCUCAACCUCCCUACCUUUGGGAGUGCUGAGGGGAUUCGCUGGGGUCCAGUGGUGUUGCUGGGCGGGCAGGCUGGCGGGCGCGCGGGGGAGCACUCUCUCCUGAGUGCUCCCUAUUCAGCUCCCUCGCGUGCUGCGUACUGAUGCCGGAGCCGGAAUAUGAUUUCCUAUUCCGGAUCCGGCAUCAGUGCGGUGCGUGAGGGAGCUGGGCAGAGAGCCCGUCCGCCGGGUGACACCAGGACCAGCCUCGGGGGUCCUGAGGUGGCCGGCUUCUGGGCCCCCCAGGAGAAGAGGCAGGCCACACUGGGUACAUACCAGGUCGCAGGGCUGCCGGGCCCCCUUGCGGGCCGGGCCCGGUCACAGCCGCGACCCCUGCGACCUCGGUAUGUACGCCACUGCCUACAGGGAUAUUCACUAGUGAGAAUGAAUUCAAAUUGAAUUUCAAAUUUAAGGUCAAUUCUCUAAUUCAGCUAUGCUUCCAGUUCAGCUACUUUGACCUUAAAUUCAAAACCACUUUGAAUUCUCACUUUAGUGGAUAACCCUGCUAAUAUUCUAAGGAACUGUUUCCAAUAUAUCAUGUCAUCCACUCCAAAAGGCAUUCAUUUUGUCUCCCAUUUCUAUGUAUUAUGGCAUAACAAGGCACAAUGGUCAGGGCCAAACAUUCUGUGAGUUCCUUUACUUUAUAUUUCUGAUCAUGUUGUAACCAGUCUGGAUGGACGUGCAUUGCCUUCUAUUCGUGAGACUGCACCUCUUUGGUAGACAUGGACUAGGCUGAUUAUCUCCGUGGGUUCUAUGGGACUGCCAUGUUGUUAAUCAGGAGAUAUGGCAACAUUCUGGCUUUCAUCUAUCCUUGUACCCACCCUGCGGUCUGUGAGCUUUAAAUUAUCAGGGUUAUUCAUUAAAGUGAGGCUUCAAGGUGAAUUCAAGGUGAAUUUCAAAUUUAAAGUCAAAACAACUGAACUGGAAAUAUUCUCUUCUCAGCUAUGCUUUCACUGCGGUUACUCAGGCCUUAAAUUUGAAAUUCACUUUGACUUCUCAUUUUAGAGAUUAACCCUGUUUGCUUGGCACAACUACUUUUUCUAUAAUAUGAUUACAACAAUCACUUUGGGAUUUGAUGCAGUGGUGGAAAGCUCAGGGGGCCCUUUGGCUGACCCAUGUACUUAGGGCCACCUGAUGGCCAUCUUUGAUCAGGUCCUGCUCAACCCCUGUGGUCCUUUGACAGUCUGACUGGGCCGCCUGCUCAGUGUGAAGCCGUAGUGCUGGGAUGAUGUGAGUACAAGUCACAUCCUACUAGCUUUUUCAACGAGUCACACAGGAGAGGGCGAGAGGGGAAGACAAUAGAGAGGAGGGAGAGCAUGGACCAGACUCCCAUCAGACUCAGACAGAUGCCACAGAACCCCAAGGAAGCUACUCUCCAGCAUCAAAAAGGUAUUGAAGCAGUGGAUGGCUAAAACGAUGUAAAUUGUGUUUUCUGUGUCAGCGUGUGUGUGUAUGUAUCUGUAUGUGUGCAUCUGUGUGUGUGUAUGUAUCUAUGUGAGUGUGUAUUUUUGUGUGUUUCAGUGUGUGUAUGAGUCAGUGUGUAUCUGUGUGUGUUUCAGUGUGUAUGUGUAGGGCAGUGUAUGUGCCUAUACAUAGCUCUACAUACAAACACAUUCAAACACAAACACUAAAGAACACCAAUGCUCUUAAAUAGCAACAGUACAUACAAACAUACAACUCCAUUGAAAUGCCCAUAGUACAAACAAAUAUAUUUAACCACACAAAACAUGUUUACAUUCAAACACAAACAAUGCUCACAAAUACAGCUCUGUAAGGUUGAACAGGUUAGUUAGCUGAGCUAUAAAAUCUUGCAUUUAUGUAUAAAAUAAGCAGCACUUAUGUCUACUUGAUUUUAUACUUUAACUGCCUAUGCCGUUGUAUCUGCAUGCCAAAAAUAUUAAUGAAAACAAAUUUAUGUUUAGUCCAGAAAACACUGAGGCCUGUAUAUUAUAGCCAUUACUGAUUUCUGUCUGUAGUUCUAUACUGUAGAUCAGGGGUAGGCAACCUACGGCACUAGUGCCAUGCACGGCACUCGAGGUGCAUUUGCACGGCACUCAAGGCUGCUAGAGCCAAACAUGCUCUGGCCUAUCAUGAGUCCCAGUAAAACUUCAGAUAUCUGCUAAUACGAAGAGGUGGUGAAGGACAAUCCUCAAUUUAUGCAUUGCGGCAUGUAGAGGAAGUGAUCUCAGAGCACUUCAUUCCAGCACUUGUGAAUGGGAAUCCACACAGUAUUAGAGCAGCUCGCAGUUGUUGUUGCAGCUCCUGUUCUUGACCUGUACCUGGCUGGCCUGGUCCCCACUGGAACCCAGGGGAACCACCCACACUGCUUGAUAUACCCAGAAAUGCAGAAUAACCCUCCCCUCGUACAAAUAAUACAGACAGCCCAUACACAAAUAUACACACAAUCCGCACAAACUGAACACCACUGACAAUCCACAUACACGCACACAACCCCACAUGCAGCCUCUCACAUGCAAUACCCCAAACAGCCCCCACACACUACCAAACACACAAUGUGACAUAUCCAUCCACACACACUAUUCCACAAGCAGCCCCAUACACCGCUUACAUUCAUAUGUAUCCUACACAAUACCAUAAACUACUCAUAAACAUAUACAAUAUAAUAGCUCAUAUACGCACAAAUACAACGGUACAAAGCAAUUACAGUAAAAAUAACACAAGCAGAAUACGGCAGCAUACACACCUCAAUUUAAAAAAAAAUAGGACCGCACGCUACGGGACAUCACAAUCCUAUAUCGGCACAGUACUGCUAAAAGGUUGCCUACCCCUGCUGUAGAUAAUAUAUAGUUCAUGAGAGAGGGACCAAAGAGAAAUGGAACCCGGCAGAAUCUAUGUGAGUGCAGUUUAGACAAUUGUCGGGUUAUUUCCUAACGUCAGAAUUCAAACUGAAUUUCCAAUUUCAGACCCGAGUAGCUAAAUUAGAAGCAUAACAGACAUGGAGAAUGUUCUCGGUUUGGCUUUUUUUUGCCUUGAAUUUGAAACUCACUUAAAAACUAACCUUGAAAAUCUGACAUUUUUAUAAUAAAUUUGAAAUUCAUUUUGCAUUCUCACUUUAGUAGAUAACCCUGUUAGCUUUUUUUUUUUCUUUAAUCACAUUGUUGGGAUAAGGUAAGAAGUGUAUUCAUUUUGCUAUGUAUUGUAUAUGUGCUUUGUAAUCAUUUUAGGCUUACACCAAUGUUAAUAUAUAUAAUGUGGAUAGCCCCUCGAUUUUCUGCCUUGUAUAGUUAAUAUAAAAUAAUGUCAUCACAUUGUUUGUAGGGUUUUAUGCGCCUAUUUCUGAUUGUUUCUGUGCAAUUUCUAGCAGCCUGUCAAACUAAUAUAGGAAUGCUUACAGUAUGCAACUGUCAAUCCAAAGACCGGCUCCCCUUGUGGAUAUAAUGAGCAUUGCAUGAGACCUGAUAAAACUGCAUACUCAUUGCACUGAACUUAGCUGCUAUUUUCUCAAUGACUGACAUCAUUUCCUAACCAAAAUAUCAACAAUGGGACCGCAAUAUAGAUACGUUAAGGGAUUCAAUAUACUGAAGUUUAUUAUUAAUUUGUUUUAUUCCAGCCAGGGCAUGGAGGCAAAAUUUUUAUUUAGGUUCCCAGAAAGACUUGUGGAAUCUGAAUCACAGUUUUUCAGGUGUGUUGCACAUCAUUACUUAUCAAGGUUAUAUAACCAACAAGCAUAAUACAUUAAUCCCUUAGUGACCAGACCGUUUUUCAAUUUUCUUACCGUUUGGGACCAGGGCUGUGUUUACAUUUCUGCGGUGUUUGUGUUUAGCUGUAAUUUUCCUUUAACUCAUUUACUGUACCCACACAUAUUAUAGACCAUUUUUCUUGCCAUUAAAUGGUCUUUCUAAAGAUACCAUUAUUUUCAUCAUAUCAUAUAAUGUACUAUAAAAAAAUUAUUAAAUAUGAUAAAAUAAUUUUUAAAAAAACACACUUAUUCUAACUUUGACCCCUAAAUCUGUUACGCUUUUACAACCUUCAAAAAAAAAAAAAAAAAAAAACAUGCUAAAUAGUUUCUAAAUGUUGUCCUGAGUUUAGAAAUACCCAAUGUUAACAUGUUCUUAGCUUUUUCUUUUUUUUUGCACGUUAUAGGGCAAUAAGUACAAGUAGCUAUUUCCAAACCAUUUUUUCCCCCAAAAUUAAUGUAUGUUACAUUGUAACACUGAUAUCUGUCAGGAAUCCCCGAAUAACCCUUCACUUGUGUGUGUGUGUGUGUGUGUGUGUGUGUGUGUGUGUGUAUGUGUAUAUAUAUAUAUAUGUGUGUGUGUGUUUUAAAAGAAGACAACCUAAGGUAUUAAACUUGGGGUAUUUUGACUCUUUUCAUGCAACCAUUUUACCACCAAUUUAUGCCAAAUUUAAAAAAAAUAAUAUACUGGGAACUUUAAGGGUUACUGCCAAAGAACACCCCAAUAUGUGUUCAGCAACAUCUCCUGAGUACAGUGAUACCCCCAUGUACAGGUGUGCUGUGUUCUCUGGGGGCUAAAAGAUCUUAUUUGGAGGGUGCGCAUUCCAGUUUUCCAACAUGGAAUUUUAACAGCUGGUCAUAAUGCACCCAUGUCCUAUUUGGGACAUUUUUGAAGCCGGCCAAUCUAAUUUACCCCCAUCAAACCAUAUAUGUUUGAAAAGUAGACACUAUAGGGUAUUUCAAAUGGUGGUAUUUUAACACUUUCAAUGCACUAAUUCUACCAUCAUGCUUUGUCAAACUUUUGGGUAGUCAUUUUUGUGUUAUUUUUCUCUCACAUAGUACUUUAGGCAUGGAUUCUCCAUUCCUGUUGUGUGUUACUGACAAAGAACACCCCGAUAUGUGUUCAGCGACAUCUCCUAAGUACAGUGAUACCAACUAUGCAUAGUUUUGAUGGGUUGUUUUGGGGGUGCAGUGCCAAACCUCUGGCAUGUGUUUUUCAUAUUUGACAUAUCUUCUUUGCCUAUCUUCUUUUUGGGGGCCUUUUUACAUAUCCCAAUUUAUUUUCUUGCCACGAAUGUGCAUAUAUUUGGAAAAGUUGACACCCAAAGGUAUUGUAGAUGGAGUGUUUUGAUGCCUUUGAUGCAAUCGUUUUCUCAAAACAAAUUGGAGAAAAUGUGUAGUGGUAAUUUUUCAAAUUUCUUUUUUACACAGACAUUUGUGUGUGAUUUAGGGGAGCCAAACUCAGGAACAGUAAAUAAAGGGUUAAUGGGUGAGAUUACUUUAAAAGUAAAACUCUAGUUAGAGAAUGAAUAAUGGCAAGGCUAAACCACUCUACUGGAAAUAAAGAGACUCCACUAAAAAUCCCUUGUAAUGCAAAUAGAAGAAAAAUUAAUUAAUUAUAUAAUUAAUAAAUUAUCCAGGAAUAGUAAAUGCCUUAAAGAUAAUAAUUGGUGUUGUAAAAUUGUAAGUAAAUUAAAAAAUAAAUAAAAACUGGAAAAAAUAACGAAAAACAGUUAUUUUCAAAUUCAAGUCCAAUAGUUAACAGUCUUUAUGCUAAAAAGCUAUAUCAUAGUGGCUAUAAAUGAAGUAGAUAAAUAGUCUGUAUAAGUCUAUGUUUGUAAGCUAAUUCAGUUCACUCCAGUUAUAGAUGAACUGGGAUCUAGAUACUGAAUUAGUUAUUUAGUAUGGUACAAUAUAACAAUAUAUAUGGUCCUUAUAAUUGUAAUAUUGUAUCUUGUAUUGGAGAAUGUAUAACUAACUGACAGGCUAUAUGUAGUAGCCUUUAGUUAUAAUACUUUACUCCUAAUAAUAGGAGAUAGAAAAAUAAAAUAGGAUCCAAGUGCUAAUAUAGAGAAUUAUUUCAAGUGCUAAUGUAUUAAAAAAUGUUUUAUUAUAAGAUAAACUUGAAAUAAAAAUUGAAAAAUAAAAUAUAACACUCACAUUAAUUUAAAGUUAUGCUGAAUCUGGAGCCAGAGGAUGGUGUAAGCAGCUGAAAAAAAUAGACUGUCCGAUCUUCAGAUGUAAAGUGAAUGAUUUUCCAGCCGCAUAUAUUUCACCUGAUUCUCCCUGUUGGUCACAAGUUUUACCGAAUAUGGAACCAGAGGAUGGUGUAAGCAGCUGAAAGAAAAGAUAGACUGUCCGAUCUUCAAAUAUGAAGUGUAUGGUUUUCAAGCCGCGUGCGUUCCACCAGGUUCUCCGUCUGCGUUCCAGAUGCAAAUCAGCAGUAUUGUGGUAGAUGCCGGAAAGAUGCCGGUAGAUGCCAAAAAGCAGUGAGAUGUCGUUCUGUCGUUCUGAAUAUCGUCCUAAACACAGAGUGCGCAUGCGCGUGCGUACCCCACCACGUGAUCACGUACCGUCCGUUGCCAUGGGAGCCGGAUACACACACCAGUCCGGUCACCCUGGCAACCUAAAAACGGUAACCAUAUAUUGAAAACUUUAUUAGUAUGUGCAAGUGAACAUGAACACCAUAUUCAGUGUAUUGAGCUGAUCAGAGGAUCCAUAUUAUAAAGCCAUAAAUCCAUACAUCAUAUAUAUUAUAUAUAUCAACACCUAUAAAUUUUAAAUAUAAUGUUAAAUAUUAAAGUCACAUUAUUGGAUCACUCUGUCCUUUCUUUACUUGCAUGUUUUGCACAUAUCACCUUUAUCACUGUCAGUAAAAGAUCUGACUUUAUAUUUAAAAUUUAUAGGUGUUGAUAUAUAUAAUAUAUAUGAUGUAUGGAUUUAUGGCUUUAUAAUAUGGAUCCUCUGAUCAGCUCAAUACACUGAAUAUGGUGUUCAUGUUCACUUGCACAUACUAAUAAAGUUUUCAAUAUAUGGUUACCGUUUUUAGGUUGCCAGGGUGACCGGACUGGUGUGUGUAUCCGGCUCCCAUGGCAACGGACGGUACGUGAUCACGUGGUGGGGUACGCACGCGCAUGCGCACUCUGUGUUUGGGGACGCGAGCGAUAGUCGGUGAUGGGUGCACAGCUGGGGUAAGUUUACUUUUUAAUGACUUUUUCCAAUUAUCUGCCCGGUAUUUAAACGAUUUAUUGAUAUGUAUGUGGUUAGUAUUCCUGAUGAAAGUCCCGGAGGAGGACUGAAACGUCGAGCUGCUACAUUUUUAAAGAUGUUCUAAUAAAUUUCAGAAUUUUAACUUUUACCUGAAACCGUGAGUGCUGGCCAUUUUCUGCCUAUCUAUAUAUAUAUAUAUAUAUAUAGUAAUUUUUGAGAGAGAAACUUUUUGAAGAUUAAAUAAAUACUUUUUUGCUAUUGAUUUUUCCAGCUCUUCCAAAGUCAAAACCUGUAUGCUUCCAUCUUUCUGUAAUUUUCCAGCAAGAUGUUACAAGCCAAGACUGCCGUUUGACAGAGAGUCCUACAAUAAAAUAUGGGUGCGGUUUCUGUGCUUUGCUUUAGAAAAUGAUCUAUUCACACCUAUAGGCUUACUUAAUUAUCCUGGGAAAAUAACACAGGGCAGGUACAGCAUAUAGACGACAUCUAGCUGAACAUGCUGUGACUUGAACGUAAUCCACGUCAGUAAACACCUUAAUAUGUAAAACAUAAUAAGCAGGUUUUUCAUAAUUCAUGGAUGCAUACCGGUUAACAUUCUGUGUUCCGAAUGACAGGUGGAAAAAGAUGUCUAGUUUACAGCAGUAGGUCUUAGUUCACAGACAAGUUCACAUUUUUACAACAAAAAUACAUACAUGUACAUUUUAUAUCUUAAAUGUAAUCACAUAAAGGGGAGGGGAUUUUACUUAUAUUUUUUUGCUCUUUGCAUUUUAUUUAAAUUUGUUUCAACUCUCAGUGAUAAAGGCAGACCUAUAUUUUCUGCUUUCUACUAAGAUGGGUUGUUGCAGCCGAAUGUUAUAUUGUAUUAUUUUGGGAAUGUGACUAUUUUAAGUUUAAAGCUACAGAAAUGGCUACGGAGAAUAUGUGAUAACCCCGUUGAACACUGCAAGUCAUCUUCCUCAAUGCCUCAAUAAUUCCUCCAUAAAUCAAAUAGAACUCCACCAUUUAAAGUCAUUAUUUGUGCGUAAAGUUUGACUUGUCUAUAACGUAUUUUUUUCUGUUUCAAAAUCACAGAACACAUGAGGUAGAUUGUUGUGUAUGUCAACUUCCUUUUGCAAAGGAAAAACAAUGUGAAUACGGAGGGGGAGGUGGGGGCAAUGUAAAAGGUCAAGGAGUUAACCCUGUCAUCACUAACAUGUUCAUGGCACCAACUUAAAAAAAACAUGUCAUUUCUGGUUGUGGCAUAUGUAUACAGCAUGAAAAAAUGUAUUAGGAUAUUAUUCUGCAAACUGAAUUUAGUAUACUGGAAUUUAGAGGAUAAAAAAAGUUAAACAAAUAGGUACAAUAUAUAAAAGAAAUUAGAGCAGUCACAUGGAGGAAUAAAUGCUAUGGCAGUAUUUUACCCACAAGUCUGGGCAACAUUUCAGAGUGCUCUUGCAGGAGACAGGUCAAGUCCAUACGAAGUAGGCCGAAAUGGAGCAAGUCAAUGUAAAGAGGGAUUAGAUGUGGUUAUAAAUCUAAAUAUCAGCUGGCAAACUAUUUUUGAAUGGUUUGACUUCUUACCUCGGGUCCCACCUUCACUCUCAGCCAAUGAGCAAAGCCCUGCACUGUAGGGCUUAGAUCAGGAGAGUUAACAGAAAUUCCUGCUUAGGAGCUUCCGGCUCUGCGGUGUUAGUAGUGGAGACGGGAGCAGUGCCCAGUAGACAUCACAUAAGAAGUCAAACUGUUCACUCCUGGCACCAUAACAACUACACUGUUAUAACCAAAUGUUUGCCUGUGUGUAAUUAUUUGUUUGUAUAAACCGUUGCCUUCUGGCAAUUAGGGACCCACAUAAAUAGUAUGUGGACGGAAUUUUAGGUCCCGUGUCAGUGAUUAAGGACCACUGAUCUCUGCAGAUCUAGACAUACUGUAGAAAGUCUUGUCGCUGGCAAAAUGCCCGCAGGUGGCAACAAUGCUGUAAGAUUAUGGUCAUAUGAUGAAAGAAACACAUUUAUUAUGUUAAAAAUGACCAAGUGUGGUUCUGAACGUGUUUGUUAAAUUAUAUGCCAAUUAAAUCCAAAUUCUGUUGUAACGAUGAAGAAAUUCACAACUUGUGCAAUGACAAUUGCAACAUCUUUAUCUCCCCUUUAGGUGCCAAAACCAAGGAGGGGGUAGUACACAGUGUCAGCACAGGUAAGAAACACAAUCCUGACAUACAAUAUAUAUAGAUAAUAUUAGGAAACCAGUAAAAAUCAUUGUUUUGAUAUGCCUUGAUACUGACUUCAUUACUUUUAUACAUGGGACAACAAUAUCCUUACAUAAAACUCGGUUUAAUAUUGUAGGAUAAGCUUUUCAAAUGAUUAUUAAAAUACUUUAUUAAAAUAAUUUAAUAUUUUGAUAUUUUUUUUAUACAAUGAUAUAUAUUUUUACAUAUGAUAUGUUUUGAAAUUUUGGAAAAAAAACUAUUAUCCAAGUUUUUCCAAAUAUAUAAAAUCAUUUAAAAAAACGUAUCCAAAAAUAUUAAAUCAAGGCCAUAAUCCGAAAUUAAAUCACUUUAACAAAUUGAAUAUAAGUGGCAUUUAUUUACCAGUAUCAAAAAUGUCAUUAUAUUUGCAUAAGUAUUAUUAUUAUUAUUAUUAUUAUUAUUAUUAUUAUUUUUAUUAUUAUUUAUAAAACACCAACAAAUUCUGCAACUCUGUACAAUGGGUGGAUGAACAAACAUGUAAUUGCAACCCAACAGGAACAGAGGGGUUGAGGGCCUUGCUCAGUGAGCUUACAUGCUAGAGGGAGUGGGGCAUAGUGACACAAAGGGUAAGGGUAGGAGUAGAAAACUAGGUUGCUAGGCUAGUAUUCACUAUAUGACAUAUUGUAAAGCGAUAUGGAAUCUGCUGGCGCUAUAUAAAUGGCGAUAAUAAUAAUAAUACAAAUAUUACAGUUGCGGGAGAGGAAGUAUUUCGGAAAAAAAAAGUAUAUCAUGGCGUAACAAACACACACAAAAUAUACUAACAAACAAAAUACAGAUUGGAAACAAUUCUCACCUUCGUCAUCGCAUAUAAUAUAUAUAAUAUAUAAUAAAGCUGUCACAGCUAUCACUUUACUUCGGGUUUUGGGGAUUGAGUAGAUUUUUAAGAAUAUUCUCUGAUUUUUGACACUUUGACAAAUGAACUUGUCAUCUUGACAUAUAAUAGCUAUAAACAUAAUGAAUACAUAUAUAUAUAAUUGACUAAUGGCGUACAGCUGAGAGUUCUACCUAUAAUCCUUAAGGUAUUUAACAUUAAAUCAUGUUUUCAAAUAUAUCUUUGACAUUAAUAGAGGAAACGGGUAAUAGACAAAACAUAGUUUACAAAGGAAUUUGCCGCUGUGAGUGCAGGAAGCUACUUUUAAAAUAUUUAUGAUCUUCCUUGCUUUUAUUGAACGUUUGUAGUGGCUGAAAAAACGAAAGAGCAGGCCAGUGUGGUGGGCGGAGCCGUGGUGACUGGAGUGAAUCAAGUAGCCACCAAGACUGUUGAAGGAGCAGAGAAUGUCGUCACCACCGCUGGUGUUGUAAAAAAGGUACGUGUGAUGAGGACGUUGUUCCGGUUUAUUUUUAGGAAAAAAAAAAAAAAAGUCUGAAGCGCAGAAUAGCAACAUAUCCUGUUUUGUCACAAAACUUUAAACUGCAACAGAAAAGAUAUAUCAGGAAAACAGAUAUCGAGUAGACGUUCUGUGAUUCCUGUGUGACCUCAAACUUGACCUCUCCAAAAACGAAAACACACCAACAAAACAGUAAAGACAAAACAAUGUCUGCAGAGCUUAAACACUGAAAAAAGAACUAUACAAUAAUAUCGUAAUUAAUAAUACAAAUAAUAAGGAUAAAUAUUCUUGAAAAAUGCUAAAUAAUUCACAGUAAAAAUGAGAUCUAUUAUCUUUAUAUGCGUGUUGUAGAAGGGAUAGGUAACGGCUGGACCUCAGCUCCAAUAAUUAUCAUCCAAACUUUUUAUAAUUUUUAGUAAUGAAGUAAUUCAAUUUACAGCGAAUUGUAACGAAUUAGAAUCUAAAUGGAAGAACCUCAUGGUGGUCAUCACAGCACAACGUAUCUUACUGAUGUUACUGCCUAACUAGUAAAUCCUGGUGUUUCAUUAAAAAAUUAACACUCAUGUGGAAUAUUUACUACUUGUAGAUUUGCACUUGGCUACAGAUUUCCAUACUUUUGUCCAGUGUUAAGAGUUGGAUUUUUUUUAAUCUGCUAGUUUAGUCUUUAUUUUUCAAGUCAAAUCAUCACAACAGACCAGAAAACAGACAAAAUCUCCAAGUAAAAUUAAAUAUAAAUAAAGUUAUUUCAUGAACUGUAUCAGAAAUAUUCAGUGCAGUACUGCUUCGUUGUGUGCCUGCAUGGCAUACUGUGUCUGUGGCAAACUAUAGCUUAAAUGAGAUCAAGGGUGCAGUACCCAUAUUGUGCCACUAGGAAGGAGUGUUGCAAAGCUAUGAUGAGACUCCUAUUCCAAUCUUAGUAUGGUUAAUACUCAGCUGCCAUUAACCACUUAGAGACUAGGCUUCACAAUGGGAAAAAUUUAUACAAGUGUUGAAAUGCAAGACCAAAUUUAAAAAAAAGGACCGAUCACAAUCAAACUAAUGUGUUUUGUUUAACAACUAUUUUCUUUACACGCAGCAAUUCUAAGGCUGCCUUAUUCACAUUCCUUUUUCAGUGGGGUUAAGAAAGGCUUUAACACGAGAGUACUGAAAACUGUUUAAGGGUGGGUAGUUUCUCAGUGAAAGAAAGGUAAUGGUACAUGAUGUAAUGUGCAUGUGAUGUUUUAUGAGAUUAAAUAAAAGUUUGUGGACAUGUUUUAACUGUACCAGAGGGAUAGGCAGUUUAAUAUGGUACAUGAUGGGUUAACAUAAUCCUUAAAUUAUGCUGCAUUUGAUCAUUUUUAGAUCCUCUUUGGAAAUACCCGAGAGGGUUCUUCACUAAACUCAGAUGUGUAGUGAAUUGCAAAGCAAUUUUCAAACUAUAGGCAAAAUGGGGUGGUUUGGAGUUCAGCGAAUAAGCCCCAACAUGUGUAAACUGGGAAAGUUGGCUCUGGCCCAUUACGAAUGUGUGUGCUUAUUUUAACUAUAUGGAGGUAUACUAACAUUUCCCAACAGCUAGGAUUGCAAAUGUUGUGGAGUUAAAUGUUCUUGUUGCUUCUAGAAAAUCACGCACAUCAAAUAAAAAAAAUAGAAUAGAAAUGUAUUUGUAUGAGAAACUGUAAACACCCCUCACCCCCAUCCUCCAGGCAAAGACACCUGGAACAAUUCUUUAUCAACAGAAAAGGAGGCAUAUCUACUAAACUGUGACAAUUACUAGAGGGAGCUAAAUUCCGAUACAGAAAUUGAUAGGAAAAGAUCGUAAAAUGGAGAGAGUGAAGAAAAAAGGCCAGGUGGUCCAAGUGCAGAUAUCUAAUGAUAAAUUAAAUAAGUGGUUCCGAAGCUGGCACUCGAGGCAUGCCAACAGUCCAAGUUUCUUUUGUGUCCCCAUUGGAACAUAACUGGGAAAUGCAUAAAUCCUGUGCCCUUGGCAUGUCUCGAGGACAAUUUGGUAACCAUUCAAUGUAGUAACUGAUGGUAAGGCUGAGAAAUAAGUCCAUCAUAGAUAUAAUUGUUUUAAAUGGGGAUAGCUAGGAAAGGAAUGUUAACAGAGAAAAACUGCAACAUUUCAAGAUAGGGACAACAUAAAAGACAAAAAUCAACUUGUACAUAAUUAACACUAACCGGGUUAUUUACUAAAAUGAGAAUUGUUGGGAAUUCAAAAUGAAGGCCAUGAAACUGAACUGGAAAUAUAACCAAUUCGGAAAACCUUUCCUGUUUUUAUUUUCCCCCUCUGUUAAUAACAUUUUUCUCAGUUGAUAUGUGAAUCAAAUGGCGGCAAAUUGCUUGUAUUGGUGUACUACAAAACAUAUACAUAUUAUUGCAUUAUGUACAUAUUUUGCAGCAUGCUGAUUGGCCAAUCAGUGUGUAUAAAUAUUAUGUAUAUAGUUUACAGUACACAGCACACAUUAUCUCAUCAUUUGGUUCACAGAUCAAGUGAGAUAAAAGUAAUCAAUAGAGGGAAAAAGAGUCAGAACAGUAAAAAAGUAAUAUAUAUAUACCUGUAUUUAUGUAUUGCUCCUCAUGUUUUUUGGCUAUUGCUCACUUCUCAAAUUAUUUUUUUAAAAAAUCAGCAAAUAGUGACUGUCCUCUAGCCAAAUCAUAUGAACAUUUCAGCCAUCACGUUAGUCAUUUUCUCAGUUAUACAGCGAUAUGGAAUUCAGCCCAACAGCCAAUUGGCCCAAACUCAGCCGAAUCUCGAUUCACCUGAAUCAGAAUGCUCAAGUCCAGUGCUUAAUUUUAAUUACUUAAUAAUGAAUUGUGCGGACCAGGUAAGCAGUUAUUGGUCUGAGUAUCGCCAUCCUUUUAAAUCACUUUUAUUGAAUUCUUAUACAGGAAGACCUUGCAAGGCCUGGCCAACCAGAAGAGGCUGAUGCAGAAGAAGAACCAGCAGUGGAGGCCACAGAAGAAACUGAGAAGGUGGGAAUUAAAUAAUUAUAACGACUUUAGGACAUGGUUGAAAGUCUGCAUUGAAGUUGAUAUAUGCUAGUACGUUCACACUAUGUUUGUGUUUUUUUUUUUUUUUUACAUCUUGGUUUGUGAAAGACUCUUACUGGGACCAAAACGUUGCCUCUAUUUCAGUAAAAAAAACAUGCCUUUACAUUUACCCUUCGAUUGCCCGAACAACUUUCAAUUCGAGCACCCCCAACAGUCCAUCCAGGAUGUAGACAUUUCUCAGUUGUUUUUUUCCAGGGAGUCUGAGAAAACCUGGAUUGUUCAUUUACGAGGGUUGGGACUGGUUCUUAUGACCAAACAAGACUGAACGUGGUACUCAAGAAUUGAGGCUUCCUACGCCUACUUUCACAUGUAGUGAAAAACAGGCUUCUAGACAUUUCUGUUCACCCACCAUACGGGCUCUAAUUUCACAAAUCUGAUUAUCUGUUUUGUCUUUAUAUUAUGUGCAAGUAUUGUAUUUACAUGGUAUUUAGAAAUCUAAUUUGAAACAGUUUAUUCGUACAUCAAUCCUUUUUGCUUUUCUUUCUUACGGAGCUUUGCAAUACAUUGCAUUUUAUUUCUAUUAAACUCUGAGAUAUAUUUAUUAACACUAAACGUUCUGAAACCGGCAUAACCGAGAAAGAAAAAGAAGACUAACCUUACAGCUUUCAGUGGUAGAGCCAUAACAACUUACUAGUACAUACAUGAUUUCAGGAUCAUUACCAUCCUGCAUUCUAAUUACACAUGCAUGAGCAAAGGAUAAGCUUAGCCCGGCCUUGACUGUGCUGUUGCUUUUAAAACUAGCUUGGUAUUGCAAGUUGUAUUGUGCCUAAUCGGCCACUAGGAGUGCUCAAGGUCUAAAAACACAGAAUGGGUGUUCUGACUUACACUAUAAUACACCUUAUCCAGAAUUUAAAGCUAAAUUAUUUGAUACUAAAUCAUGCAUUCUUUUCAAUAUUUAAACAAUAUUUUCUACAACUAAUUUUAUUGUAUUUUGGAGUGAUUUUUAAGUGACUACUAAUGUUACUGAUAUGAAAUGUUGGAACAAGUGAUUUUCAGCAGUUAUUGAAAUCUGUGACAUUUUGUUUCUUUUUAAAAAACAUGGUAAGCUUUAUCAAACUUUAUUAAUUGUUCCUUAGCCUAGAACAUGUACAAAAAAACACGUUAAUUUUCCAGUGUAAAGAAGUUAAAGAUAGCCAAGUGAGACCAGGAUGUAGUAGAUUAUUGUUAAAAGAAUAAAUAGGCUACCAUAUAGUCUACUGCUUUAAUCUCUUCCAGCCGAUCUAGCCUAUUUUGUUUGAUAGGUACUUCCUGGUUUUCCCAGAAGGCAGGUACCAGCGACUUUGCCGCAUUCAGCAAAUGUCUCAGAAUAGAUUUUGUUAUACAAGGAAAGUGGUAAAGGUUGUCAUGGAGCAGAUUGUAACGGAUCACCUGGCACCCCGACUGGGUACCUCCGUUGAAGGAUGCUCCUAGCGCUUCCUGAGGACUCCAAGCACUGCAGCAGACACCAAAACCACUGAACCAGAGAGGCAUAUGAAUGCUCUCAAGCAUAUGAAUGUUGUAUACAGCCGAAUAGGAAAAACCAUGCGAAUAGGUUUACACUCCUAGCAGUCAGACUGGAACAGCAUUCAAUAUAUCCUCCCCCAAUAAUGAGACGACACUUCACUUUGAGGGUUAAGCAGGAACUCCCUGGACUGGCACAUACAGCCUCUUUUAUUCCCAAUCCACAAGCUUAGUACUGCCCACAGGGUUUUACAGAACAACCAAUAACCCGUACAAUACACUCAGACACUCCCACACAAAAUCCUUCCCUCUGCCUGUGAUACAAUUACCUUACACAAUGGGUAAUCUAAUUAUCACAGACAGAGAAAUACAGUUUCAUAAAACACAUCACAGGGACCCCAAAACAUGCAAUAACCCCACAUAUCCAAAAUUCACCCAGAUCCGUUCAGUACUUUGGAAGAUACAGUUUAAUGCAGAUUCUGCAGAACAUAUACAGGCUAAAUGAAAAACAAUUACUGUAUAAGGUGUCCCCUGUUGUAUAGUCCAAAACCACUGCACGAUGUCUCUGUGCACCAAAUACUGGCGAGAUGGCACCGUGUUGAAAAGUCCAAACAGUGUCUGUGAGUUAAAAUGGCCACCAUCCAUUGUUCUCACCAUGUGCUUCUGAUACAGGAAAUGGUGGCCACCCAGUAACUCCACAGUAUGUCCCCAGAUGGUUCUUAAAGGGCCAGAAGCAGCACAACACAAAUCCAUUAUGCCCAAAUCAUGUCUUUAAAGGGCAAUACAUCCCAGGGGCCAUAGUCACAUGGCAGGAGGCUGGCAAUCAGUCUUCUCCAAUGCCCAGUGGCGAGGUCUGUUUCGCCACACGGAUCAUUUGGAAAUGUGAACAGUGGCGGAAUUUGUAAAUAUGUCCUUGAUAUGUUCUCACUAUUUCAUAAAAAAGUUGAAUAGUCGGACAUUCCCACCAUAUGUUAUGGAUUCUAUCCCCUCACCACAUUUCCAACAAUUCGAGGGAACCAAAUGGAAUAUUCUGUGUAGUAGUUCCACGAUGCAUUAAAGGGACACAAUAGGCACCCAGACCACAUCAGCUAAUUGAAGUAGUCUUUGUACAGUGUCCCUAUUGCACUUAGUGCUGCAAUGUAAAACAUUGCGGUUCCAGAGAACUGGUAGACAGCUACUGCAGGUGCUCCCUGGCUGCUAACAGACUUUAGGUCUGAUAACUGGCACUGGAUGUCCUCAUGCUCUGCAUGAGAACAUCCAGCGUCAGCUGUCUCCUCCUAGCAAAGCAUUGAUUCAGUGCUUUCCUGUGGGGAGGCCUAAUUAGCAUGCGUCAUUUGCUGUGCAUGUACGUCAGAGGAGGUGGAGCCAUGACCAGCAUCGAGGGACAUUGGUACUGGCAUAAAGUAAGUAAAUAAAGGGUUUUUAACCCUUUAUACACCUGGUGGGGGGAACGAGGGAGGGGUGAGGCAGAGGGAGCUAUAGUGCCAGGAAUACAGCUUUGUAUUCCUGCCACUUAUAGUAGAGCUUUAACACUGUGAUAGGAGUUUUUCAUUUAUUUCUUGAUAUUGUGAGCGAACGGACCUCUUAUGUUGCAGUAUUAGGAUUUAGCGCAUUGGCGUCUAGAGUUUUUCCUGCAUGUGUUCCUCUUCCACAGCCAUCAACAAAGACUGUUAUGGACCUGAAAUGCAUCUUUCCAUCUUAGCACCUCUUACCUGUUUAGAGUGCUAGGGCAAAAGUGUUGGAUUUUCAUAUAUCCAUAUUUUUCUAGGGAAGUGGGUGUAGUCCCUCAUCCCAAGUUAUUUAGGGUAUGAAUGGGGUCUGUUGUUAAUAUCUGACAAAUUGGAAAAUGUUGUCCCUGUCCCAGAAAUCACAAGUCUUUAGCCGUUAAACCACCAGCCAGGUUUUUAUUGUAGGUUAAUGAAAAUAUUGGGCCUGAAGUUGUUGAAAUUUGUGCAGUUUUAGGAACCGAGAACCAAACUUUAAGGGUAUGUGAGGCUGGAGUGUCAGCUGCCAGUCCUCUAGGCAGAUGCAUAGAUGCACUCCAAACACAAAAAGAGAGGAGCGGAACACCAACACUCGCUGCAUCCAGUGUCGUCUAGAGCUUUGUACUGGGGGUCACGUGCCAUUCUAUCAUUCUCUGUAAGACAGAGAUAUAAUAUCUAUAGACAUCUGGCAGUUCCAGUCCACCUCUGGCUCUCGGUUGGCACUCAGACAGACAUAUGUAUUCACAAGGAAGGGAUCUCACAGCUUUAAAGAAGCUUCUCGACUAGGCGAUUGGAACUGUUUGAAACAAGUAUAAGAAUCUAGGUAUUAUGUUUAUCUUCAAAACAGAGACACUCCCUAACAACAACAUAUGUAGAUAAGCACAUAAUUUAAUGUCCUUUUGGUUUGACUGGAGAAGUUGCAUGUGGUUUUGAAAAUACAAGUUCCCUGUAUCCAGAGUGACCCAUGUUCUUAAAUACUUCAGCUAGUCUUUGCUCCAGUGAAAAGGUAACUGGAAGCUUAAUGACUCCUGCACCUUCCUGGAAAGUGGGAGGUUAUUAAAUGAGAGGCUGACAUGAGAUUUCGGAGAGUAAUUUGUAGGGUCUCGAUAAAAAAACAGGACGUAAGCCUCCACUUUGUGUUUGGAGUCACCUACCUAAACCCUGCUACAUUUAGGACUUGACUAAAAGCCUCCAAAAAGAGUUUGAGAGUUAAUGAAAAAAGUAGUGGGGAAUGUGGGCAUCCCUGUCUGGUACCGUUGUAUAUCUGCACUUCUCCUUAUACAGAGCCAUUUACUCUAACUCUUGCUCUUGGGAAAAUGUAGAGGGAUGUUCUUAAUUUCAGGAGAGUGGUUCUCAUACAGCCCAGUCCACCUUAUCAAAAGCUUUUUCAGCAUCUGUUGAUAGCAACAGUAGUGGUCUAUUGUACUUAAUGCUAAGUGCUGAACUGUCAAUUGUCUCUAGCUUCCCUACCGGUGACAAAGAAGGGUUGAUCAGGAUGUAUUAUAGUGGUAUCAAGGGUUGAAAAUGUCUGGCAAGUAUUUUACAAAAUAACUUUACAUAAACAUUUAACAAUGAGACCUUGGGUAGGAUUGUAAUGUGUGCUUUCAGGGACUCAGGCCUAAACUAUGCACCUUUUGGUACUGAGUUCAGUGCUUAAGUUAUUUUAACAGUUAGAAUGGAGCUGAAUUGUUCAUAAUAUCCUAGGGAGAAGCCGUAAGGGUCAGCGAGUUCUUCCUCAGUGCCCUCAUUGCCUCCUCUGAUGAUAAUCAGUGAUCAUGGGAUAUAUUUUGGACAGGUAUUGCAUAAUACAUCUGAGCUGUUCCUGAUUUAAACUAGUGUUUGACGAUUGCGUUAGCCCAUAGUGAGCUGAGAAAUAUGUUUGGAAUUCCUUAGCUAAAGCGUUCGGGAAGGGGUUAAUUUUUCCCACUGAUGUACAAAUUCUGUGAAUUUGGUAUGCAACCAUUAUCCCUGCAGCAUUUGUGCUAGAGCCCUACUGUUUUUAUUUUCUUGCAUGUAAAAAAAAACCUUAGUUCUCUUUAUCAUUUUAUGAUAUCUGUGUGUGAGGAACGUCGACAACUCCUUCCUAGCUAUCAAUAGGUCCUAACAUAUUUCAUCUGCCUGUGAUCGCUUCUCGUGAGUCUCCAGGUCUGAGAUUUGUGUGGUUGGAGCCAAUAUUUUUGCCAUGCCGUCCGUUUCGGAGCUACCUGAAUAAGAAAUCCCCUUAUAAUCUAUUUAUGUGCUUCCCACAAGUUAAUGAAGACAUCCUAGGAGUAUCAUUCAAAGUAGGUUAAUUGGCAAACUAUAGUUACAUAAUUGAGUAGUGUCUUGUUCAGUUUCCAAGUCCAUUCCCUAGGGUGACUAAGUGCGGAACUCACUGUUUCUCUCUCUCUCUCUCUCUCUCUCUCUCUCUCUAUAUAUCUAUAUAUAUAUAUAUAUAUAUAUAUAUAUAGAUAUAUAUAUAUUAUUUAUUUAUUUGUGGUCGGUUAAUAUCGUUACCGUGAAAUACCUUGUGAUUGGAAUUAAGUUGGUGUGGUGUGCCGGAACUGACGUAGGGGUAGGCCUGUGAAAGAGGGCCCCCCCCCGAAUCGAUUGUAUAAGAGGGUGAGGUGGGUGGGGUGAACAGCGUGCGUUUACGGCAAGGUAGGAAUGGGGAAUAGCGUUUAUAUAGGAACGCUAACUCCUCCCACAAAUACAGCCCUUCGGCCUUGCACUUGUGGUCGGUUAAUAUAUUUACCGUGAAAUACUUUGUGAUUGGAAUUAUCGGUGUGGUGUGCCGGAACUGAUGUAGGGGUAGGCCUGUGAAAGAGGACAAAAGGAAAUGCAAAAAAAACACACUUAUUGCAAUAUAAUUAUCACAUAAGAUUUGUUUGCCUUACCUCUUAUCCGUUAUGGAAUGUCUCUGUAUAACAAUAGCUGUUUUCCAGUAACCUAAUUUAUUAUGUGUAUCGGCGUACUGCUACUGGAUGCAGUACUUAUAUAGAAUUGAUGUCCUGAAUAGGAGUCAGGGUUCCAACUUAAUCUAAUGCAAGGAGUACGAAUGUAGAACCGCAUUUAGAAGUAGUUAGGGGAUUAAUUUAGUAGAGCAAGUGUCUUAAUUGUCUUGUUUGAAUGUUGGUGUGACAUGAGGUAGUGUUUGUACCUUCUUAAAUCUUCCUUGAGGAGACAUGAUUUGCCAGUCUGAUUAGCUGUGAUCGUGAAGUUGUAGGGCUCUGGAACCCUUGGAAAGUUAAAGGCACAGAGGUUUAAGAUCUGGUUUGUGUGGUACGGAUGCUGUCUAGGGAGUCUGAUACUGCCUGGAAUUCCCAUCUAUAGAUGUAUGUUAUUGUGGAGUGAUGAACCAAUUACUUAUACCUUGAUAUCCUUCUGGUAAGCAUUUAAGAAGACGGUGUAUGGUUUGAAAGGCUUGUCAGAACGUGUUGUUGUAUGUCUGAUUGGUAUAGUGUGAUAGUGUUGUAUGAAAGUUUAAAUGAAAGGUGGCAAAAAGUGGCAUAAUAGACUACAGUCUGAAUGGUAUGCUUGUGGAUGUUUAUAUUCCACUGAGUCCGGGAAGAAUGUCAUGUCUGUGUCGUAGGAAUUCUUAGUGAAAGUGAAUAACGAUAUAGGUGAUAACUUGUUGUCGUGUCCCAAUAGCCGGGCGACCGGAUGAGGAUGUUGAAAUGCGGAUUAUGCGGUCCCUCCAAGCCCCGCCUCCAAAUCCUGCCCACAGGAAUACACAGACCCACACACAGAAAGAUACACAAAUACUGAAACAGACAUACACAGAUAAUGACACAUACACAUACACAGAUAAUGAAACACAGACAUAUGUACAUACUGACAUACACACACAGACAUACAUACGGACAUACAUGCAUACUGACAUACACACACACAGACAUACAUACAUACUUGCAGACACAUCCACUGACAUACAUACAUACUGACAUACACACAGACUUACAUACUGACAUACACACACACACAGACAUAUAUACAUACUAACAUACACACAGACACACAUACUGACAUGUACACAGACAUACAUACAUACUGACACACACACAGACAUACAUACUGACAUACACACACACACACACAGACAUAUAUACAUACUGACAUACAUGCAUACUGACAUACACACACAAACACACACACACACAGACAUACAUACAUACUGACAUACACAAAGACUUGCAUACAGACAUACACACACACAGACAUAUAUACAUACUGGCAUACACACAGACAUACAUACUGACAUACACACUGACACACACAGACAUAUAUACCUACUGACAUACACACAGACAUACACACAGACAUACAUACAUACUGACACACAGACAUACAUAUAUGCAUACUGACAUACACACACACACACACACACACACACACACAGACAUAUAUACAUACUGACAUACACACACAUACAUACACACAUACAUACUGACACACACACAGACAUAUAUACAUACUUUAAGUUGCAGGAGGGUGGCUGGGGAUGAUGGGAGUGGAUGCCUCUGGUGUCCUCUCCUGGCCUCUGCUCUCCCUCCGCUCUCCCUCUGCUCUCCUGGUCUCCGCUCUCCCACUGCUCUCCCCCCACACGGAGUAAAUCACCAGCCGUCACUUCCUCCCAGCAGCAUUUGCGGUGCAGCUGCAAUUUUUUUUUAAAGGGGCCCGGUCGCGCAAUUACCUGGCCGCAGUGCCGGAAGAUUAUUGGGCCCAUUGGGUGGCCCUAAAUGCUUGGGCCACCUGAUGGGCCCCGGUGCAGAUGCACCUGCGGCAGUUUUGCUGCUUCACGUGGGGCCUGGACGGCCAGGCCCCGCAGGGCUGCCGGCCCAUGACAACCAUUAGGGUUGUCACCCCCUGAUGGCGGCCCUGGUCGUGGGGCUCGAGCCACUAGGGUGGUGGCAGGGUAUCGGCCUCUCGGUGACAGUAAAAGUGUAAUGAUAUUGAUGUUACAAAGUUUUGGAGUCCAGUAGCCAGAUCAGCAAUGUUUUCUGCCAGAGGUAGCCACUCGUUACCCAGGUGGUUGAGCCCCUGAGCCUUGAGUGGCCUUCUGGUCUUAAGCAGAGAUGGGAGACUGGAACAGAAAGAUGAUAAUCGUAGUGAGGCAAGCCGAGGUCAGUGGGAAGGAGAAGCAGCAAAGUCAAAACAGUCCAAAUUCAGCAACAGGAAGGAGAAACAGGAACACGCUUGAUUAGAGAGUACAGGAACCACAAUAAUCUGGCAAAGGUACAGAGACAGGAAGUGGCUUUUAUAGGCCAAGAACCAGACACCUGACCAGACACAGCUGAAGAGAGUUGUCACUGAUAACCUUGACUCUACAAGCAAUGGUAUAAGAUCUCAGGUAAAUUUGCAAAAGGCAGGCUGGUGUACUGGUAAGGAAAAGGUUUAGCACCAUGUAAACCAGGGUUCGAAACCCAGCAGAGUCAGUUCCUCACAUUACCUCCACCUCUACAGGCGCAGCCUCUGGAUGCCCUAUUUCCUGGUUUAGCAGGGUACUGUGCAUGGAAAGACUGAAGAAGAUCAGGAGCAGGAAUAUUGUCCACUGGUUCCCACGAUCUAUCCUCCUCACCAUAGCCUUUCCAAUGAACCAAGUAUUGAAGCUUGUUGCGGAAGAUCCUGGAGUCAAGAAUUUUUUCCACCUCGUAUUCAUCUUCACCAUCCACGAGGACUGGUGGUGGGGCAGGCAAGGCUCGACCAGGGAAAGUAUUUUCAUGAAAAGGUUUAAGCAGUGCCACGUGAAACACCGGAUGUAUUUUCAUGGAAUCCGGAAGUUGCAGACGGAAGGUGACUGCAUUGAUCUGAGCGAUUAUCUUAAAAGGUCCCAUGAACUUUUGACCCAAUUUAUGAGAAGGAAUCCUAAGCUUAAGAUUCUUUGUUGACAGCCAAACCUUGUCACCAACAUGAUAAACUGGGGCCUCCUUUCUGUGCCUAUCAGCAGCUCUUUUGUAACAUUCCUGAGCCUCCGAAAGAGUCUCCUUCAACAGUUCUUGGGAAUCUCGUAAGGCGGUUAGCCGGUCAGUGACUGCAGGAAUGGGAGUAGUAAUUGGGAGACUCACUAGAAAGGUUGGAUGGUAACCAUAAUUGGCAAAAAAUGGGCUCAGAGAAGUGGAGCAGUGUUGGGCAUUGUUAUAGGCAAACUCCGCCGUGGGUAGAAAAUCCAGCCAGUCAUCCUGCAGGUAACUAAUAUAGCACCGCAAAUAUUGUUCUAAAGUCUGGUUGGUUCGCUCAGUCUGUCCAUUACUUUGUGGAUGAAAAGCUGAAGACAGAUUUACAUUAAUACCUAGAAUAGAACAAAAAUAUUUCCAAAAAUGAGAUGUAAACUGCACUCCCCUGUCAGAAAUUACUUCAUCAGGCACUCCAUGCAAGCGAAAUAUUUCCCGAAUAACAAGGUCAGCAGUCUGUUUAGCUGAAGGGAGACCACGAGCUGGUAUGAAAUGACUCAUCUUGGUUAACCGGUCCACAACAACAAGAAUAGUAGUGUGUUCCUUAGAGGGAGGUAGUUCCACAAUAAAGUCCAUGGAUAUAGAUCCCCAGGGACGAUGAGGAAUCGGAAGAGGCUGAAGCAAGCCAACAGGGGAUGAGCGAGGAGUCUUAUGUCUGGCACAUACAUCACAAGAGGACACAUAUUUCUUAACAUCCUCAUAAUAUUUAGGCCACCAAAAGGAUCGGGUAAGUAGUUCUUGUGUCUUUCGGAUUCCUGGAUGACCUGCUGGUUUAGAGUCAUGGUAGAGGCGUAAAACGUCCAGUCGCACUGAUUCUGGAACAAACAGACGUUGUUGAAAAAUCCAAAACCCAUUAAGCAUGGUCAUAUGAAGAUCACGAGGAGGAUCACGAAAAACUGGAUCUUUAGAGUAGCCCUUUUUAAUGCGAGACAUUAGAUCAGAAGGAAAGGUAACUCCUAAAAAUCUGCUCUCUGGCAAGAUGGUGGCCUUGGUUACUGUAGUAUGGAGGGGGUCAGCUAUCCUAGACAAGGCAUCCGCCUUGCCAUUUCUGGAACCAGGGCGGUAUGAAAUAAAAAAAUUAAACCUUGAGAAAAAUAGGGACCAGCGUGCUUGUCUGGCUGACAGUCUCUUAGCGGAUUGGAUACAUUCCAGAUUUUUGUGAUCUGUGAGGACAGUAAUUGGAUGGGUGGCUCCCUCCAAGAGAUGUCUCCAUUCGGUGAAGGCAGCUUUUAUAGCCAAAAGUUCUUUAUUCCCUAUGUCAUAAUUUCUUUCUGCUGGUAACAUCUGGCGGGAAUAGAAGGCACAUGGAUGUAACAACAUCUUAGGUCCAGUCCUUUGAGACAGUAUAGCCCCAACAGCUGAAUCAGAAGCAUCUACCUCUACAGUAAAUGGCAAUUCUGGCUGAGGAAGUACCAAGAUAGGGGCAGAUGUAAACAGAGUCUUUAAUCUGGAAAAUGCAGUGUCAGCCUUAUUGGACCACUGAAAAGGAGUCCCUUUACGUGUAAAUUCAGUGAUCGGUGUAAUAACGGCAGAGAAAUUCUUAAUGAAACGCCUGUAAAAAUUGGCAAACCCCACAAAUCUCUGUACAUCUUUUUCAUUCUUGGGGAUGGGCCAGUCCAGCACAGCUUUAAUUUUACUUGCGUCCAUACUUAAACCUUUAGGAGUUAUUACAUACCCCAGGAACUGAAUUUCUGUUUGUUCAAACUCACAUUUUUCCAGUUUAAUGUAUAGGUGGUGGGUACGAAGGCGCUCAAAAACAAUGCAGACCUGUUUUCUGUGAUUUUCAAGAUUAUCAGAAAAUAUCAGGAUAUCAUCCAAAUAUGCCACAACAAACUGAUCCAGGAGAUCCCGUAGUACAUCAUUGAUUAGAUGCUGAAAAGUUGCAGGGGCAUUACAAAGCCCAAAUGGCAUUACUAGAUAUUCGUAAUGUCCGUACCUGGUUCUGAAAGCUGUUUUCCAUUCAUCAUUUGGUCUUAUGCGAACCAGAUUAUAUGCCCCCCGUAGAUCAAGCUUCGUAAAUAUUUUAGCUGAACGAAGUCUCUCCAGAAGUUCAGGAAUGAGAAGCAAGGGAUAACGGUUUUUAACAGUGAUUUUAUUAAUGUCCCUGUAAUCAACACAUGGUCGUAGACUGCCAUCUUUCUUUUCUACAAAGAAUAUAGGAGCUCCUGCUGGAGAAGUGUAUGGUCGAAUAAAGCCUUUGGCAAGAUUUUCUUGUAUGUAUUCACGAAGUGCUUUCAAUUCAGGCUCAGAAAGGCAGUAUAUACGGCCAAAUGGGAUAGCAGCUCCAGGUAGCAGCUCUAUGGGGCAAUCAUAAGGCCUGUGAGGUGGAAGCUGAUCAGCAUUCUUCUUAUCACAGACAUCUGCAAAAUCCCGAUAUUGUAGAGGAAGCUUAGUUAAGUUUGUAGCAACCAUUUCAUUAAUUGUUGUGGUAACAGGUGUCGCCUUAGAGGGUUGACAAUUCAUUAAGCAGUGUUCUGAAGGAAAGGACAAAGUUCUAGUCUUCCAAUCAAUCUGUGGGUUAUGCAGAGCAAGCCAGGGUAUACCCAAAAUCACUGGAAACUGUGUUGAGGAAAUUAGGUGGAAAGAUAUAGACUCAUGGUGAUUCACUUCCAGAAUCAAUUUUAAGGGCACAGUCUCAUGUGUAACCGGGCCUGACGUAAGUGGAGAACCGUCUACUGUUUCCAUUAACACAGGUGAAGAUUUAGGGAUAGACUGAAUUUUAUUUCCUGCUGCAAAUUUAAUGUCCAUAAAGUUUCCGCCUGCUCCGGAAUCUAUCAUAGCUGUAGUUGAAAUUUUAUUAUCACCAUAUUGCAAAGUGAUAGGCACCACCAAAUGAGGAUGUUGAGUCAUCAUACCUUCUUCACCCUGAGCCAGAGAAAACAAGGGUUGUGUGACAGAAUCCAGUUGGUCUGAAAUAUUGGAUUGGUGUUGAAUCUGUGCACCCUCAGCAUUCAUAGCUAUUGUUCUUUUAGACUUGUUAGGGCAAUUGAUGGCAUAAUGCCCUGCACUACCACAAUACAGGCAUAAGUUGUGAGUGCGUCGCCACUGUUUUUCUUCAUUGGAUAAUGGCCCUCUUAUUAGAUCUACCUGCAUAGCCUCAGGUUCAGAGUCUGUAGGUGUUUGUGGGGUCUGAGUAGAAAUUCUUGAAUAGAAAGUAGGAGUAGCACUUGGUUUAAAAGAGCCCUGUCUUUCCAAUCUUCUUUCUGAAAGUCUCCGAUCAAUACGGAUAGCCAACCGCACAAAUGCAUCAAACUCAACAGGAAGAUCAACACGAGCUAGCUCAUCUUUUAUAGCUUCUGAGAGACCCCUUCUGAAGUGGAACCUCUGGGCUGAUUGGUUUUAGUAUUAUCAGUAACCCACUGUCUGAAUUCAGCAGCAUAUUCAGCCACAGAGCGCCUCCCUUGAUGUAAAUGAAGGAGAGUGGCUUCUGCUGUAGCACAGCGAUUGGGAUCAUCAAAAACUAGGCACAUGGCCUCAAGAAAGUCUUUUAAAUUUCCCAAGAUUGGACUGUCCUGUUCCAGAAAAGGGGAGCCCCAGGCCAGGGCUUCAUCUUUGAAGAGGGAAAAAAUAAAUCCCACCUUCUCUCUUUCAGAUGGAAAACGGUUAGGUAACAUCAUGAAAUGCAAACGGCAUUGAUUUAGGAAACCCCUGAAUUUUUUGCGGUCUCCUCCAAAUUUUUCUGGUAGAGGCAAGCGGGCAUCUUGUGCAGGUGUAACAGUAGUAGUAGCAGCAGCCGCAACAUCAUGUGCCCUGUAGCUGGUAAGCUCACUAUGCAUUGAUCGAACUUCAUUUUGCAGUUCAGCUACCUGAUCCUGCAGCACUUGAAUGGUCUGUGCCUGGGUCUGCAUAGUUCUUGCAUUAAAAGCAACCUGCUGGGCCAAUGCAGAAUCUGAUCCGACGGUCUCCAUGAAUGGGCCAGAUUAUUCUGUAAUGAUAUUGAUGUUACAAAGUUUUGGAGUCCAGUAGCCAGAUCAGCAAUGUUUUCUGCCAGAGGUAGCCACUCGUUACCCAGGUGGUUGAGCCCCUGAGCCUUGAGUGGCCUUCUGGUCUUAAGCAGAGAUGGGAGACUGGAACAGAAAGAUGAUAAUCGUAGUGAGGCAAGCCGAGGUCAGUGGGAAGGAGAAGCAGCAAAGUCAAAACAGUCCAAAUUCAGCAACAGGAAGGAGAAACAGGAACACGCUUGAUUAGAGAGUACAGGAACCACAAUAAUCUGGCAAAGGUACAGAGACAGGAAGUGGCUUUUAUAGGCCAAGAACCAGACACCUGACCAGACACAGCUGAAGAGAGUUGUCACUGAUAACCUUGACUCUACAAGCAAUGGUAUAAGAUCUCAGGUAAAUUUGCAAAAGGCAGGCUGGUGUACUGGUAAGGAAAAGGUUUAGCACCAUGUAAACCAGGGUUCGAAACCCAGCAGAGUCAGUUCCUCACAAAAAGAUCCAAAAACGUGUGGCCGUGUCAGGUGAGGCUCUAACUAUGAUUUGGGCUGAGGGGUGAAAAUCUCUGUGUUGAGAUUGGGGAGUUGGCCUUGCGGGACCAUCUACGUUGUACAACUAAGGCCAGCUCCUAACCCUAGAUAGCCAGUUCUCGGACCCUAGACGGGAGCUUGAUGAGGGGGUAAUGCAACAUAUUUGGCGUAUCGAGUCGUGAUUGAGAAAGGCACCUUAAGUCAGAAAAAAGAGAAAAAGGAAGGGAGAGAAAGGAGGGAGACAGGAGAGGAAAGGAGCUGUGGUGGAGGGAGAGGAGGGAGAGAAAAUUAUGUUUAGCACCAUGUAGUUCUUGGAGACAUAGCUGAUAGUAUUGUAUACUUAGGUCCUGAGGGUGCUGAAGAUUGCCCUGGUAGCUACUAUAUAUCCCAGCAGGGAGAUUUAUUGAAGGCUGUGAAAGCAUGAUAGUAUGUGUCGGAAGGUGGAGGGUGAAAUGAGCAAGGUUUGUUAGAAACAGGAUGAUUGUUUGCAGAUAGUGAGUUUGAAUAAACGUAUGACGUGUUAUCGAGUAGAGCCGUGGCCUGUUGAGGCAAGGCGGGAAUCAAGCCCCCGUACCCUAAUACCCAAUUGUGUAAAUGCGUGGCCUUGUUGAGGCAGUUGAUUGAAAUGUGUUUGUACCUGAUAGAAACAGGAGACAAUAACUGUCUACUGAUAGAAUGCUGUCCGAAAACUGAAAUUAAGGUGUUGUUUUAGAAGGGAAAUUAUAUCCUUUAGGUGACCUCUAAAUAUAUAACGGCCUCCUCUUAAUUAGUGGUUUUAAAUUACGCCAAUCAUGUAAAUUAACUAACCUAAUCAGAUGUUGUUUAGCAGACGGUAAUAGGCAAACUCCAUAUAAAUUAGCGAAACUUAAAUAAAUGUAAUGGAGAUUGUUCAAUUACAAAGUGUGAAACAUAUCCAUCUGAAUCAUCUGACAACAAUGUUUUAAUGUAUUGACGUGAUAAUGUUGGACUUAAAGUAGGAGCACUCUUAUCCAGAGGGGGGGAAUUAACAAACAGUUUAGGCUCAAAUGAAAAAGACAAUAGACAUUCCCCCCUUCUUAGCAGGUAACAGUUCUAUAGCUAUCAGUUCCUUUAGUGUACUUACAUACCCAUAAUUCAUUACCAGAAUAGUACAUGAAUAGAAUGGACAAUGUUGUUAAAGAUUCACUCAACCUAACCGGAUGGAACAGUAAAUGCACGAUACAACAUAUUGAUGGAAUAAUGGAAAGGAAGUAGGUAUAGCAGGUGUAUCGAGUGUACGAUUGUUUAACGUUAGUAACAUGAAUUGAUAAUGUCGGGUGGCAUUUAAUUCAUAUACCAGAAAUUGCACCAAAUCUUCACUGUAAUCUGUUUUAACGGUUGACAGAUAAAGUAGUACAUUACAUUCAGUGGUUAAAUUCAUUUGUUUAAUUUUAUCACUUAGCAUUUUAAGUGGCUUGCUUGAAUUUACUUGAUUGACACGAAUGUGUAGUUUUUCUCAUUUCCAUAUUUAAUCUUACAUGACCCAUUGUAACCAUUUACAUAUGUUUGGUUUAAUUGAUCCCAUGCCUUGUUUAUAAUUACUUAUUACAUAUACUAUAAGUAUCCCCAAUUGCUAUAAAUAUCCCCACUUGCCAUAAAUCACCCAUUUACCAUUUCACUCUAUACAUUUAACAUAUGAUGUUCUAUAGGCCCUGUGGACAUCCUGAGUGUUGUAGGAUGCAAUGCAGAAACCACAAGUAGUGCUGAGGAGACCGAUACAUUGAAAUAACCGAACUGGAGACAUAACAGCUAACUCAUACGAAUACAGAUGUCAGGCUUAAGUAUACAGAUGCCAGGGGGCAGCGUGCCGACCAGCUAAGUUCAUUCUCACCAGAUAAUUCACCUUAAGAGUGAGUUUGUUGGCUCAAUUAAAAUUAAAUAAAUAGGGGUGUAUUCACUUAAGAAAGAGAUGGGAGAACGUUUCCCCAGCCAUGCAGAAAUUAGGAAUAUUGAAUUAUAUAAAAUUGUGCAGAGCUGAUAUAUUCUUAAUUCUGCCUGUUUUAAAAGGAAUUUUUUUUUAAAGUUCUCUUCGCCAGCACAGAGAUUGGGGCUAGAUUCAUCCAUAUUCUGUGGCAGAAUUGCAGCCCCUAUGAGUCUUAGCCAGCAUGAAGGCAGGUUUAGUAUCUUGUAACUUGUCGGUCAUGUACUUCCAUUCACCCCUGCACUAAUGUGGCAGAUUGUCAUCGCUCCCCCAAAAUCCUGGCUAGUACAGAGAUCAGUUUCGAUGAUUGCAAUGAUUCUGCAAUAAUGUAAUAUGGGGAAAGUAGGUUAUAUGCUGUGACACAGUGUGCAAGAGGAGGAAUCACCAUAGAAGCUGAAGAACGUCACUAAACGCUCAGCAUGUUGCUCAAGAGAAGCCCUUUACGUCUUGAUAAAUCUCUAUCUUAAUUUCAUUAAGGAGUUUAAGCAUUUCAUAGGCAUAAGGUUAUCCUAACUAUAAGAUAAGGCUAGGGACUAAUGAAAGUAUUUAGAAAAUUGGGCAGACUAGAUGGGCCAAAUGGUUCUUAUCUGCCGUCACAUUCUAUGUUUCUAUUAAAUUCGAUAAAUGUGCAAUUGCUUUUAGGGUGAUAUGGAAAGAUGUCACCCUGAGCAAGUUCUGCUAAUGGGGAAUCACUUUACAGGUGCAGUACAUCAUCACUCAUCACUAUUUGUACAAGCGCCCCCAGGUGAACACUUAUAACAGCUAGUCUUACAAAGCUUGAUGAGUUAGCUGCAAAUUACAGCACAUGCUUAGCUUGACAUUUACAGGUGAUGCGCAGUAUUUAACUUCUCAAGAAAUGAUGACUACACAUGUAUCAAAACUAUGUCAAACUGCAACGAAACAUGGUCGUUGUGAACGAGAAGGGGUGAGAAAAAUGUGCAACAUGAAUGUGAAUUGUCGAACGGCAAAUAGCCCAAACGCGGCUAUUUGUCGAUUACCUGGCGUUCGUAUGUUUGGUGGUUCAUUUGCACAAAUGGAGGAGCGGUAGUACAGAGAGGACGCCAAAACCGGAAGAGCAUCGGACGAGAACCGGAAGUUCGGCUGUCACGGAGGCGAGCUGAACAGCGUGCAUUUACGGCAAGGUAGGAAGGGGGAGUAGCGUUUAUAUAGGAACGCUAACUCCUCCCACAAAUACAAUACAAGUGUGUGCUGUGUACAAGUAAGUGUGUCCAAAGCAGUGGGAGAUCAGAUAUAGAAAAGGUUAACUGGUGGUUGGGUCCCCUCAUCCCCGUCAUGACAGCAAGAGAGUCUCGGAAGCCUGUGUGUGUGUUCAAGUAGGUGAGUAAAGAAGAAAAUUAACAGAAUUAACAACCUCCUAUAACAGGAUUAGUAACUAGUCAAUUCCUUCCUCCGGUAUUACAGAGGUACCCUUGUGACCACAAAAGCUGCAGUGUGACAAGCCCAACUUAAACGGACCAUGAGUCAACAGCUACAACAUCCGUGGUAGAAUUCCUUCCAUGCAACCCUAAUGUAACGUUCACUAGUGAACCCUAACACGCAGACAGGACAGAGUAGAGAGAAUUGCAAUACCGAUCCUUAGAAUGGUCGGAUUAUGCAAAAAGGGAUAGUCAAAACACGAGCCAAGAUCAAGAGAAACAGAGAGAUGGAAUAACGAGAGACAAUGCCAAAUAUCAGUAACCAGGAAAUCCAAAUAACAAGUGCAACGCUCAAUGGUAACCAUAGACCACAACAGGGCACUGAGGCAAGUGAGGUGUUAGCUUAUAUACACACAGGGUGUGUCUGAUUGGCUAACCUCCAAUUAGUGUUAACCACAACAUGUGUAUCUCCAUGGUUAAGAAGAUGGGCCCGGUAUCAAAUGCUUCCCCAACCAGGCAGUCACAAAAAAAAUGACGACAAAAAAAACCUUAUCAUCUAUUCACUGUAUGUGAUACACAUCUCUGUCUCGUCACAGGUUCCGAGCUAUCUCCCCCCUUCCCCAUGACCCCACCCUCUUUACCUCCAUAGGUCCCACAAUAACACUUAUAUACAAAAUUCUCCCCUCAGAAGAGUAUCACUGCAAUUAAGUAUCAGGCCCAACUCAUGAGGCAACAUGGGACAGCAGCCCUCCUCAAGCAGCAAUCUCAUUGCAAUAUCCGCAGACUCUCCAACCAAUCUCCUCGAUUCUAUGUUAAAGCAGUAUGGAAGAUGCCAUGUCCAAGAUGUCUGGCACAGCACCAUCGCAUUCCACAGAGGUGCCAGGGCCCUGAGACCAAGAGCCCCUUUACUUUCCUGGAUCUAAAUUAAAAAGACAAAAGAAAGAUGACUGCAUGAACAAAUAAUAUGUACGGUUUAAUGGGACACUCUGAGUACCUUAACCAAUACCAUUUAUUAUUGUGAUUUUGAUGCAAGGGUGCAGUCCACGGUAUUGUAAAAUUCGGAGGAUUCCGGGCACCACACUGCCCCACUCCAGAUACACUAAAGAUGUUUCACUUUCUCAUUAUUCAUUCAGAAUAGGAAAUCAGGAUUUAGCAGCACUGAACCACUCCUAAACUUCUGUCCAAGCAGAAGAAUCUGUAGUGGUUAUGGUGUGUGCAAAAACCCAGCAAGAUAGCUGUAAUACUAAAAAGGAACAUAAAAUACAAUCACAAGUAUAACAGUUUUUUUUAAUAACCUUUGUACUAAUAUGGAUGGGGCACUAGCAUCAAUAAAUGCUCGAGUAUAUUCAUGUACAGAAGACAGAUUAAAAGUACAAAGUGGCAACUUCAAAGGAAACAAUUAAAUCACCCAAUAACUAUCUCCACUUUUUUAGCCGUGGACAAACUCUCAAGUAAUUACACAAUAUAAUGCUGGUGAUGUUGGUGAUCUCACAACCUUCUCUAAUUGCUUGUGCAGGAUUUAUAAACCUUUUUAUAUUAGUAAUCAUAUUUUAUCCUUUUUUAAAUCUAUGUGCCAAUCUCAUUAUUUUCUCUUUUUAAUAAACAAAAAAAAAAAGAAAUACAAAAUAAUUGGGCACGUAGACCCCAGAGACCCAUUAAAAUGCACUGUUAUAAAAUGUAUCAACCAGUUAUAGAGUCCAAGUGUUUAAAAUAUAAUUAUGUGGGAAAAUUCACUGCUAUGACUGUCACAGAUAUUUUAUUAAAUUAAUUUGGAACUGUUGGGCUUCAAUAAACUCCUAAAACAAUGUGUUAGUAAAUACAGGGUGGGCAAAAAUACAGAGUAGGAUUUGACAGAUAAAUAACAAAUUUGUUAGUAGUUAAUGAGUCUUGGGAGAUUUAUCACAGGUAAUUUCACAAAGGAACAGCGAGUAAGAAUAAUGGAAUUAUAUUUUCAAAAUGGCAGGCAUAUCCUUUAUUUUGGUGCCAAGAGCUUACCGCCACAACUUCAAUGUAUGCAGUGACUAUGAUUCAGAAACGAAUGCAACGUUUUGCGUAAACCAACCACCUACAUUCGAGCAGCACAAAUUCAAGUACUGGAGCCACAAAUAUCAACUAAUGUUAUGAAUAACGCAAUCGAAAGUACCCGAUGUUAUGAGGAAGCAAAUGGAGCUUAUUUAAAAGAUGUCAUGUUUUGUACCUGGUCAAACAAAUCUCCAUAUUUUAAGCAUCCAUUGUAUGUGUUGUUGACUCCUCAGACCCUACUCUGAAUUUUGUCCCGCCCUGUAUUUGCGCCAGAAACCAAAUAUUGUCUUAUUUUCGUAAGGUGAUAGUAAACACACAGAUUGUGUCAGAGAAGGACUGAGAUCCCAUUGGGCCCUAGAGAGUUGUCUUUAUGGUAAAUCCUUUCUGUAUUUGGUUUCCUGUCGAUGUCCUUUUGACUUAAUGCGAUUGUCUCUUCCAACGUAGCUAAUUUCUGGCUGCCAAUUUGCUUGGUGAGUUUCAAAACUUAGUAAUCUUAUUAAAAUGUUUAAUAAACUCUCAACCGGAUUUCAUUACUUAGAAAGCUCAGAUUGUAUUGCCAAUUUUGUCCUCAUGUAAGACUUACAACUUUAAAAAUAUAAUAAUUAACUUUUUUCUUUUUUUUUUUUUACAAUUCCAGGCCGGCGACGGUGCUAAUUAAUUCUUUCUUGAGUGCAGCUGAAAAUCUUCGAAGAAUAUGUCUGGCUCAGACUAAAGCAGGGAACCAUUUAUGCCACAAGCUAAUUAAGCUAAACUCCUCCACUGCCUUCAACUUGCCUGUUAACUUUUACAAUUUGCCAUGCUGUUGUAUGCAUUCAUGCCAUGUUUGUGUGCGUUAUGCUUUGUUUGUCCUACCAUGCACCAUUGUAUUUGUAAAUGUUUCAUAUUUAAAUUGAAUUUUCUAGAUUUUAUGGCAUUUCUUUCAUUCGCUUUCCACUUUGAUUUUACUUCUAUCAAAGAACUUGUGUCUUCCAUGUUUCCAUUUAUUACAGUUAUUCUGAUUUGUCUUUUGACCUUGCCGAACGUCUCUCCUCCAUCGACCCUCAUCGAACCAAUUCUUUAUUUCAUUGGUUAUUUUUAUGUUUUUGUUUAGCUUGAGUCACGUACUUUAAUUCCCUUCUUGAAAAUUAUUUUUUUUUAAUGACAAAUAAAACUGUUUAAGUUUAGUGUGGCGUGUAUAAUCUGUUCUGGUCCUUGUUGCAAUGGAUGAAAAAUGUUAAGUGUUAUCCUGAAAUAUAUAAAUUAUUAAAGACUAGAACAUUUCAACUGAGCUCUCAAAUACCCUGUUGUAUCCAAAGGGGUAAAAAACAGAAACUCUGGAAUAUUAUCUAUCACCAAAUCUGUUCAAUGCACUUGAUAAAAGAUUAGGCUAUUAGACAUUGACCAUAGUAUCUAGCUAUGACAAUGUAAAUAUGAAAGACCUAGGAAGGUCAGCUGUAUGACAUUUCACAAGGUUGAUUACUAUUUUGUCAGUGAAGGUACAGGCAGUUUUUAAGUGUUAUCAGCUGUUAGACUUGUACAUGAUGGGAACAUUUGGUUCAUCUGACAAAAAUAAAAAUAUUGCUUUUGGGCGACUUGAGUUUGUCAAUGUGACGUUUUGGUCAAAGUUUGUCCAUGUGAUUGUUUUGGGGAAGAAUAAUCUGGAUGAACCAAAAUAGUGUGAAAAUUGGCCAAUCUGUGCACUGAAAACAUUUUACCCUGAUAUUGACACCAUUUGGUUAACAGAUUAAAGGAGUAGAUAAAACAAAUAGAGAAAAAAAACGGAGGAGUGGUAAGAAAACUCUAUAAUUAUAUAUUAUAGAUAUAUAUAUUAAAAGAACACUAUAGUGUUAGGAAUAACGUUUUGUAUUCCUAACACUAUAAUGUCCCUCUGCUUCCCCCUGUUGCCACACCCAGAUCAUGAACUUCCACUUACCUGAUUCCAGUGCCAAGGUCCCUCAGCAUUGGAUCUGUCUCCUCCUCCAGCGACAUCAUGGAAAUGGUGGAAUCAAAUGCACAUGCACGACAAGCCUCACGUGCACAUUAGAACUUCCCCACGGAAAGCAUGGAAUUAAUGCUUUCUUAUUGGAAUUUCAAGACACUGGACCUCGUCAUUCAAAGUGUGAGGAUGUCCAAUGUCAUUUCACAUAGUUAAACCCUGUGUGAAUCAAGGAAGCACCUCAAGUGGCUGUCUCGAAUAGAGUCACUAGAGGCUGUCUUAACCCUGCAUUGGAAACAUUGCAAAAUGCCUUAUAUUACAGUGGUAAGAGGACAUGGGCACUACACCCAGACUACUUCAAUAAGAACAGACUACUUAAAUUAGAUUUAUAAUGCUCCUCCUUGUUUUCCCUUUAAUGGUCACCUCUCACAAAGGAAUACUCUAAUUACAAUGACCACUUCUGCUUCUAGAAGUUGUUAUGGUGGGUAGCAAUCUACAUGUGCAAUGUUUCAGCUUGAAGAGCAGCACAUACAGAGCAAUCAUCACUUUUGUGCCAGAGACUAAUUACAUCGUUGGCACACGUAACUUAGGCAGCCCAGAACUCUGUCAGGGAUGUCUAAUGUAAAUUCUGUGCACAAAUUGCAUCUGUCGUUAGCACGCAGUUUGUGCCCUCCUGUGAGGCCUCCCUUCGUGCAAUUUAAUUGCCAUUAAAAAAUUGUCCCCUCCCUCCCGAGAACCCUCUCUGCCUACCUAAAUUACCUUUUCCAUCAAUCAUUUUUUUUUGGUACCAUGGAUGGAACUCUAUUUCAUGAAAUACAUUAAAUGGCUCAUUCACUGUCCAUUUUUCUUCCUCCAUGAUUUUUCAUAUGAUGAUCCAGAGGUACAGAAUUACGUACGCUAAAUCGUCAAUAACCCAAAAUUCUGACACAUCAGGAUUUGUUUCAAACUGAAUGCAUUAGUCUAUUAGCCAUACACGGAGCAGGUUUUGUGCCUGUGUGCUGUGGUGGCACUUACAAUGGAGGAGCAGAGGGAUACGUGGUGACAUCCUUUAUAAGUGGAUGUCACUGUGACAUUUGGAAGAUGUGGUAGAUAAAUAGUUAUUGGGACUGACGCUCUGUAGCAAGAAGAUUAUCAUAAUAUGUUUAUGCUGCUAGCCACCUGAGAUAAUAUACAGAGGAUACAAGAGAAGACUCAACAAAGACAAUACCAUUCACAGAAAGUCCAAAUAAUAGUGUAAUAGAAAGGAAACCAAUGGGACAUGUAUAUGGUAUAGAGAGGGGUUUGAGUCAUGAAAGGGACACAGGAAGAAAGUAAAGAAGAACUAAUCUAAUUCUCCUUAACCUUUCCGCUGCUUUCGAUACUGUUGAUCAUCAACAGCUUCUUCUCAUCCUUCGUAAUAUCUCGUAAUACUAGAUAUUGCUCUCUCCUGGGGCAAAGCGAAACAGGAAAUGGAAUAUGAGAUAAACAUUUUGAGCAUCUAACCAAUUAUAAUGAAUUAUAACAAAUAAUGUAUCACCUCAACAAUGUGCCAGGUUAAUGAAUUAUCUAAUGGUGCCACAGCAAUGAUGAUGCAGUGGAGGAGUCAUUAUGUGUGUGCUGUAAUACCUUUUUAUUUGUUUUGAUUUUGGUAUCUGUUUUAAUCAGAGCUAUGACUAUGUAUUUACCAG